GCCUGUGGACCAUUUUUCUCUUUUCUGUCUCUCUCAUUUACCCAUUUUUAUAUUCUUCUUCUUUUCAUUUCUCUUAUUAGGUUUUCGAUUUCAUUUCUAUGGCUUCCCCAAUCUUCUUCCACCACGUGUUGCCUUCUUCUCUUUAACCCUUGGCCCCCCCAAUCUUCUGGGAAAAAACUAAGCCACGUACCACCUUCCUACCUUCACUUCUAUCUCAUUCUUUCAAGGUCUCUUUUUGUGUUGUGCUUAUUUUUCCAUGUUAGUUUUGGAAACACUUUCUCUCUUUCUCGUUUUCUUCCUUUCUAGGUGUCUACCUUUUCCACAAAAGAGGGCUCAAUAGAUUUUAACCUUUUUGUUUUUGGGGUUCAAACUCAUAAUAUCGUUUAGUUUUUUAGAAGCCCGCAGCCAGCUAGCUCUAGCCAUGAGUAACAGUGAAGCUAACUCCCCCACCACAGAUGAUCAAAAUGAGGAGCAAGAAAUGGAGCAAAGAGGCAAUAUUAGAUUGAAUUUACCAGAAGAUGGGUAUGAAUGGAAAAAAUAUGGGCAAAAGUUCAUUAGAGGCAUUGGAAAAUUCAGGAGCUAUUUCAAGUGUCAGAAAGCUAAUUGUAUGGCCAAGAAGAAAGCUGAAUGGUGCCCCUCUGAGCCAGGUAAAGUAAGAAUUGUGUAUGAGAAUCCUCACUCUCAUGGCUCAAAUAACUCAAGCGGGGCUGCUGGCUCUCCACAAUCUUCAAAUAAUGCCAAUCAAUAUAACUUGUUAACUCAAGUUUUGGGAGAUCAAUCUUUUACUUCUCAAAGGUCAUCAGGCUCAGGAUCAUGAUCAGAAUUUUAAGUAGUUCUAAUGAACUCCAAUUCCCAUCUCACCGCACCUCUUAUUCUUUCUUUCUUUAAGAGGCUUUUAUGGGAUGAUCAAUUGAAGUUCCAAUAAUUUUCAACUGUUAGUAAUUCCUUUUUCCAAGAGCCAUUCCACUAACCGACUAGUAAAUCACUUCAUCUCUCUUCUUGGCAUUGUAUGUUAUCUAAUGUAUAUGUAUGCAUCAAUAAAAUGUAAGCUAACAAUGCACACCUUUCCAAAGCAUAAAAAGUUAAUUACUUUCAAAUCGACUUUUGUUUUAUGUGUUAACUUGUGCUUUUGAGAGUGAGGUGUGGAUUUUUAAUACCUUAAUAUUCCAAAGCAUAAAAAGCUAAUUACUUUUAAAUCGACUUUUGUUUUAUGUGUUAACUUGUGCUUUUGAGAGUGAGGUGUGAAGUUUUAAAAAUUAAUUUACAA